AUGGAAGUAUUUCUCAAGAACUUUGAGAAAAAUAAUGUUGCUGGGGAAAUGACGGAUUUUGAAGUAGAGGUUAAAGAAGUUGCAAAUGCUGUUGAAUACAAAAUUCAACUGAAACUAGCAGAAACAGUGCGGGGAAAAAAUAAAAGUCAGAAAAAAAAGGCACGCCGAAGGUUUCGUCGAAACGAUAUUCUGAAUGUUAACAAUAAUAUGGUUGGAUGUGAUGAUCAAAUGAAACGGUUGUUAGAAGAUCUGACUACAUGCUACUCUGGUGAAUCCAAAGUCAUCCCGAUUGUCGAGAUGGGAGGCAUAGGUAAAACAGCCUUAGCGAACGAAGUUUACAAUCAUGAAUCAGUUCUACGCCGUUUUGAUGUUCGUGCCUGGGCUACUGUAUCUCAACAGCACAACAUAAAAGAAAUUUUGCUGAGCCUUCUGCAAUCGACGAUCAAAAUGGAUGACACGGUUAAGACGAGAGGUGAAGCAGAGCUAGCAGACAUGCUGCAGAAAUGUUUAAAGAGAAAGAGUGAGGCAGAGCUGGAAGACAUGCUACCAAAGAGUUUAACAGGUAAGAGAUAUUUAAUUUUAUUGGAUGACAUGUGGGAAACUGAAGCAUGGGAUGCCGUGAGACAAUGUUUUCCACGUGAAUUGAAGGGGAGUACAAUACUGUUGAUGACCCGUAACACUGAAGUGGCUUACGAAGCUGGUACAAAGAAUCUUUCUUUGCAGAUGGGCUUCAUGGAUCAAGAUGAGAGUUGGAUUCUUUUCAAAAGUGCAGAAUUAUCAAGUGAAUCAUUACCAUAUGAGUUCGAGACUGUUGGAAAGAAAAUCGCAGAGAAAUGCCACGGGGUACCACUAACUAUUGUCGUGGUUGCUGAACUUCUCAAAUCUAAAGGGGAAAUAGAAGAUUGGAAAAGUGUUGCGAAAGAUGUGAAGUCACUUGUCACAAAUGAUCCUGAUGAACUAUGUUCACGUGUGCUUGGGUUGCGUUACAAUCACUUGACUAGCAAUCUAAAAGCAUGUCUUUUGCAUUUCGGGAUAUUUCGAGAAGACAGUGAGAUACCAACAAAGGGUUUCAUGAGAUCAUAG